CGGAGAAGCAAAUCUUUGUCUCUCAAGGCUCCUUACUUGGAUCCAUUAACAUCUCUUUGUCGCUCCAGUGGCGAGGACUGUCUUGUACUUGGUUGCGCGCUGUUUAAUUGUGUCCCCCCCCUUCUUGUUGAAGCGUGGAGCGUCCUGCGGUCUGGCGGCUCAGCGGUAGACGCUGUGGUAAAGGGCUGUGCAGAGUGCGAGGUCUACCAAUGCGACGGCAGCGUAGGUUAUGGAGGGAACCCCGAUGAGACGGGAGAAACGACCUUGGAUGCGAUGAUCAUGAACGGGGAUACUAUGGAAGUUGGAGCUGUAGGAGACCUGAGACGAAUCAGGAACGCCAUUGGUGUGGCACGGGCUGUGAUGGAGCACACACGGCACACUUUUCUAGUGGGAGAAUCAGCAUCCAUAUUUGCAGAAAAUAUGGGAUUUACUGCUGGAGACUUGACAACCAAUGAGUCGUUCUCAAUUCAUAGACAGUGGCUGAAUGGAAACUGUCAACUCAAUUACCGAAAGAAUGUUUCACCACCUGCUUCAAAAUCAUGUGGCCCAUACAAACCCAGUGCCAGGUUUCAGGACGAAAGGAAAGACAGGCAUAUUGAUAUCCAUAUACAUGACACUAUUGGGAUGAUUGUGAUCAAUCAGAAAGGACAUGUUGCUGCUGGAACAUCAACUAAUGGAGCAAGGCACAAGAUCCCAGGCCGAGUCGGGGACUCGCCGAUUGCUGGAGCCGGGGCCUACGCUGACAGCACAGUGGGGGGAGCCGUGGCGACCGGAAAUGGGGAUAUCAUGAUGCGAUUCCUUCCAAGUUUCUUUGCUGUGGAAUUAAUGAGGCAAGGAAUGAAUCCAGCCACCGCAUGUGAAACUGCGAUUGCUAGAAUUAAAGAGCACGUUCCUUGCUUCUUCGGUGCAUUGAUUUGUGCAAAUGCAACAGGAGGAUAUGGUGCAGCAUGCAAUAAAGUUCAAGGAUUUUCUCAAUUUCCUUUCAUGAUCUACAACUCCGAGCUAAAUUCGGCAGUUCAGAAAGUGGUGGAUUGCAUUUAAAUUUCAGAUGUUAAUGGAAAGUUUCUUUAUGAUGUGAAUGUCCCUGAUCAUUGCUGUUGGAUAAUAGAUUUUUUCCUUGCAUUUGUGUUGUGAUCAAAUUUAUUUUAUUGGAAGAUGGGGGGGGAAACAAAAAUUGUAUAUACAAGAGCUUAUCCAUAAAUACUGUAAUACAUGAAAUCAAUCAAGUAAUACUAAUGCUGUUAACUGGAAAAUUAACUGGCACUUGGGCUGGGAAGCAGCAGGAGAUCAGAUCACCUGAUUCCGACAUGUGAAUUGGCACCAUUUUAAUUGAGCAGUUGACAACUCAACCUGAGCUCUGUUCACAAACCCACUUAAUCAGCAAUGAAUUGUAACCAUAAAGGGCUCAAUCAAGAGUUUAAGGUUGGUAUUCUUUACAGCUGUAAAAUCCACCAAUAAGUUUGCAUGGUGUUCCAUUAAAACCACCUGGUGUGACAUUAACCAGAAAUAAACGGGGAUCGGGUUCCCCUCAGAUUUGGAAUAUUCCAUGUUCUCCAGUAGGUCCUGCCUUCUGCCUACUGCUGGCUGGGAUAGGCUCAGGCUGCCCUGGAUAAAAAGGGUUAGAAAAUGGAUGGAUCGAUUUGCUAGUGCCAGUCAUGGUCUGUAGACUGGAAAAAAAACUGCAAUCUAAUUUCGGUCGGGAUACAUUAUGUGAUGAUAAAGAACAGCAAUAGCGCCUUAAUGGUCACCUCUGGCCUCCAGUAACUGUGACAGCUGCCCUUGCCAGAACAGCAGUGAACUGCAAACCUUGGUCAAAGACUGCACCACCUUCCCUGUCAGGCCAAGACAGGAGAGAGGAGGUGAACCUGAACAUUCUGGCCUUGCCAUCCGCUGGCUGUUGUCAUCAGCUGUUGAAUGAUUAAUGAGUACUCCGCAGAUAAUGAGAUUAUGCAUGUAGGAAGUUAAAUGAGUUGUGAAUAUAUUAAAUGAGUGUGUGAUAUCAGGUGGGUUUAAGUGAGUUCCCAGCCUAAACCACUAACUUUGCUAGAUAUUUAAGAAUGCAGAUGUUUAAAAUUGAGUCACACCCAGACACCAGUAAAAUUAUAUACUGUAGUAGUAACUUUCACAUAGUGGAAACACUUUUGAUCAUUUUAAUUAUGUAGCUUAAUGGUUGUUUUAAUUAAGACAUGGAUUGCUGUCCAAUAUGAUGAAUGUGUAUGUUUUCCCAUUGUGUUCUUGGUAAUUCCACAACACAUUGCUACAAAAUCUUUUAGCUUUCUGGCAUGUUAUUUGAAAAAAAAUGUAUUGGUUUAAGACCAACAGAGGUUGGCCCGUUUUAAUUUUUCCUAAAAGAAAUAUUUACUUUAUCGUAAGUACAGUGCUAGGAUGGACUUUCAAAUUAUUAAGAGCACUUUUUUGUAAUAAAAUCAAUACUUAUUUUCACUUGAAUCCCUAAAAAAUACUUUUAUAACUGCUAGAGGUUUAGAGAUCCAGUGAUGGAAAUUUGUGCUCUAAUACAUGACAUUUCAAGCACUUCAGGUAAUACAGUGUGCAAAAGUUAUGUCUGACUGGUUAAAUUGUUGUAUCCAAGGCUUGGGACAUAGAAGUUAUACUGUCUGUUACAAUUUUAAUCCCUUUUUAAGGAUCAUACUGUCAAUUGUAGACAUGAAGAUAAAACAAAAACUGCAAGUAUUGCAAAGCAGAUAAUCCUGACAUCCCAAACAAUAAUCUGCUUAUCGGGUAGAGUGUUGCUCAAGCCUGAUUUUUCUUUUCUGCAGCUGUGCUUUCCUGAUGUAAUCUUUUCUUGAAGUAGACACAAACAAGAAAGCAAUGGAAAUUGUGGAGCUGGUGUCUUUUUAUUAAUGGAUUUUCCUACUUGAAAGAUGAAAUCCAAUGGUAUUUUGUCAGUAGAGUUUAGCUCACUACACUUUUUGUGUAUAAGAUAUUUUAUAAUGGUUUUAAAAUCUUAAAAAAACAUUAAGCUGAAAUGAACCCUUGUUAGCUAAAUCAGAGGAAACGGAAUUGUGAAUGUUUAUGAAAUUUGAAAUAAGAUAUUGUGGGCUAUGAUAUAACUCAAUUAAAAGGAGUGCCACAUUCCAUAAAAAACUGUGUAUGUGCAGAGAACAAUUAUGUAGAAGUGUAUAUAUUAAGUGUACAGUAUAUUAAAAUAUUUUAAUUAAAAUAAAUAAUACUUUGCUUUCCA